AAGAAAAAUCAAGCACUGUUUUUUUCCAUUUUUCUCACGAGUCACCAGACCAGACUCACCACCGCCAUUUCCUUGAAUUGCAAGCUAUGGCGACUGAGAACAUAGUCAUGUUCCCGUUCAUGGCACAAGGCCACAUACGUCCUUUCUUAGCAUUAGCUCACCAAAUAGCAGCAAGAUAUGGUCACGCCGUAACUUUGAUCAACACCCCUCUCAACAUCAACAAACUGAGAUCAUUCCUGCCUCCAAACUCCUCCAUCCGCCUCCUCGAAAUCCCUUUUUGCAGCUCCGAUCACGGUCUCCCUCCCAAUUCCGAGAACACAGACGCCCUUCCUUACCCUCUCAUGCUCCGCCUCCUCCAAACUACUCACUCAUUCAAACCAUCUUUCCGAGGUCUCAUCUCCGAUAUCGUCCAUGAACAGGGCAGGCCUCCACUCUGUAUCAUUGCAGACAUGUUCUUCCCUUGGACUGCAGAGGUGGCGAAUGAGUUCGGAGUUUUCCAUGCAAUCUUUAACGCCGGUGGAGGGUAUGGCAUGGCGGUUUUUCACUCUCUCUGGUCAAACUUUCCGAGGAUGAGAUUAAGCAGUACAGCUCCCGAUUAUCCAAUUCCGGGGUUUCCUAAAUCAUCUCGAGUUCAAGUGAAUCAGAUUCCGUACGAUCUUAGAACUGCAGAAUGCUUUGAUUCGUGGACUCUGUUUAUAAAAAAAGUUUUACGUGAAUGGUUGGAUUCUGAUGGUCUUUUGUUGAACACCGUGGAGGAGUUUGAUCCCAUUGGUUUGACGUAUUUUAGACAGCAAUUGAAUCGCCCUGUGUGGCCGGUUGGGCCUAUUCUUCCGAUUGAAAGCGGAGCUCGUGCUGCCGGGCAAGGAACUGGAAUCGAAUGGAGCCUCUGCAAGAAAUGGCUUGAUUCCAAGCCUCCAAAUUCAGUCCUCUACAUUGCAUUCGGCUCUCAGGCGACAAUCUCUGCGUCCCAAAUGAUGCAAUUAGCAAUGGCGCUGGAGGCCAGCGGGAAAGAUUUCAUCUGGGUUAUUAAGCCACCAUCCGAGGAUGACGAAGUUUCCAAAUCCAACGUCGGUAAAUGGCUGCCGACUGGGUUUGAGCUACGAGUUCAGAGCUUGAACCAGGGGCUUUUGGUACCCAAUUGGGCUCCACAGGUCCAAAUUUUGUCCCACAAAUCUGCAUCGGCGUUUCUGAGCCAUUGUGGGUGGAACUCGGUACUUGAAGCUUUGAGCAGGCGUUCCGUUAAUGGCAUGGCCGAUGAUGGCAGAGCAACAUUUCAAUGCAAAGAUGUUGGCAGAAGAGUUUGGGGUUUGCAUUUGGGUGGCGGAAGGGAGUGUUUGUGAAGUUCGACAUGAAGACAUAUUGGAGAAGAUUAAAAUGGUGAUGAAUGGAACAGAAGAAGGAAAGGAAAUGGGACGGAGAGCUCGGGGGGUUAGGGAUUUGAUCAAGAACGCCAUGAAAGAAGAGAAAGGUUUCAGAGGAUCCUCUGUGAAAGCCAUGGACGAGUUCCUGCAUGCUGCAUUGGUGAAGAGAAAGUGGGAAAAUAAAAAUGGAGUUUGCUU